AUGUGGCUCAAGGUUUUUAUCAAGUGCCAAUAUCCUGAUCAGCUGUUGAUAGAAUCAAGCUUUUUACUGGGAAAUGCCCAGAUUGUGGACUGGCCUGUAGUUUAUAGUAAUGACGGUUUUUGUAAACUCUCUGGAUAUCAUCGAGCUGACGUUAUGCAGAAAAGUAGCACUUGCAGUUUUAUGUACGGAGAACUGACGGAUAAGAAGACCAUUGACAAAGUCAGACAGACUUUUGACAACUAUGAGUCAAACUGCUUUGAAAUUCUUCUAUACAAGAAAAACAGAACCCCGGUUUGGUUCUACAUGCAAAUUGCACCUAUAAGAAACGAACAUGAAAAAGUGGUUUUAUUUCUGUGCACUUUUAAAGAUAUCACUUUGUUCAAACAACCAAUUGAAGAUGAUUCAACAAAAGGUUGGACAAAGUUUGCUCGAUUGACACGAGCUUUGACAAACAGCCGAAGUGUUCUGCAGCAGCUAACGCCAAUGAACAAAGCUGAGGUGGUGCACAAACACUCAAGAUUAGCAGAAGUUCUCCAACUCGGCUCAGAUAUUCUUCCUCAGUAUAAACAAGAAGCCCCAAAGACUCCUCCGCACAUUAUUUUACACUAUUGUGCUUUUAAGACCACCUGGGACUGGGUCAUCUUAAUUCUAACCUUCUACACAGCAAUUAUGGUUCCCUACAAUGUCUCCUUCAAAACAAAACAGAACAACAUAGCCUGGUUGGUGCUGGACAGUGUGGUGGACGUUAUUUUUCUGGUUGACAUUGUUUUAAACUUUCAUACGACCUUUGUUGGCCCUGGUGGAGAGGUUAUAUCUGAUCCCAAACUCAUAAGGAUGAACUACCUGAAAACUUGGUUUGUGAUAGACCUUCUGUCCUGUUUACCUUAUGACAUCAUCAAUGCCUUUGAGAAUGUCGAUGAGGGAAUCAGCAGCCUCUUCAGCUCCUUAAAAGUGGUGCGACUCCUACGGCUUGGUCGCGUUGCCAGGAAACUGGACCAUUAUCUGGAAUAUGGUGCUGCAGUACUAGUGCUAUUGGUCUGCGUGUUUGGACUAGUAGCCCACUGGCUAGCAUGUAUAUGGUACAGCAUUGGGGACUACGAAGUCAUAGAUGAAGUCACGAAUACAAUCAAAACAGACAGCUGGCUCUACCAGUUGGCUUUGAGUAUAGGGGCACCCUAUCGGUACAAUAACAGCGGCUCAGGGCAGUGGGAAGGAGGCCCCAGCAAAGACUCCUUGUAUAUAUCUUCUCUAUACUUUACCAUGACAAGCCUUACAACAAUAGGAUUUGGAAACAUAGCUCCAACCACAGAUGGAGAGAAGAUUUUUUCAGUGGCCAUGAUGAUGGUUGGCUCUCUUCUUUAUGCAACUAUUUUUGGAAAUGUCACCACCAUUUUCCAGCAAAUGUAUGCCAACACCAACCGGUACCAUGAGAUGCUGAACAAUGUGAGGGAUUUCUUAAAAUUAUAUCAAGUCCCAAAAGGCCUUAGUGAACGAGUCAUGGAUUAUAUUGUCUCAACAUGGUCCAUGUCUAAAGGGAUCGACACAGAGAAGGUUCUUUCAAUUUGUCCCAAAGACAUGAGGGCGGAUAUCUGCGUGCAUCUGAACCGGAAGGUUUUUAACGAGCACCCUGCCUUUCGACUGGCUAGCGAUGGCUGCCUGCGGGCCCUGGCUGUGGAGUUUCAAACUAUUCACUGUGCGCCAGGAGACCUCAUCUACCAUGCUGGGGAAAGCGUAGACGCUCUCUGCUUUGUGGUGUCGGGAUCCCUAGAAGUCAUCCAGGAUGAUGAGGUGGUUGCUAUUUUAGGCAAAGGUGAUGUGUUUGGUGAUAUCUUCUGGAAGGAAACCACUUUGGCCCAUGCGUGUGCCAAUGUCCGAGCAUUGACAUACUGCGAUUUACAUAUUAUUAAACGAGAAGCCUUGCUGAAAGUUCUGGACUUCUAUACAGCUUUUGCAAACUCCUUCUCGAGGAAUCUGACACUCACCUGCAAUCUGAGGAAACGGAUCAUUUUCCGGAAAAUCAGCAUCAAGAAGGAAGAAGAAGAGCUUCUGCGCCAGAAGAACGAAGUGACCCUGAGCAUCCCUGUGGACCACCCGGUGAGGAAGCUCUUUCAGAAGUUCAAGCAGCAGAAGGAGAUGCGGAAUCAAGGCACCACGCACAUCGACCCCGAGAGGAACCAGCUUCAAGUAGAGAGCCGGCCCAUGCAGAAUGGGGCUGCCGUCACCGGCACAAGUGUGGUCACUGUGUCUCAGAUCACGCCCAUCCAAACAUCCCUGGCUUACGUGAAAACCAGCGAGCCGCUCAAGCAGAACAACAGGGAUGCAAUGGAGCUGAAGCCAAAUGGCAACACUGAAAAAUGUCUCAAAGUGAACAGCCCCAUCAGGAUGAAAAACGGGAAUGGGAAAGGAUGGCUUCGGCUAAAGAACAAUAUGGGAGCCCAAGAGGAGAAAAAGGAAGACUGGAAUAAUGUCACAAAGGCUGAGUCAAUGGGGUUGUUGUCCGAUGACCCCAAGUGCAACGACUCGGAGAGCAGCGUAACUAAAAAUCCAUUGAGGAAAACAGACUCUUGUGACAGUGGAAUAACAAAAAGUGACCUUCGUUUGGAUAAAGCUGGUGAGACUCGCAGCCCCCUGGAACACAGCCCUAUCCAAGCUGACGCAAAACACCCCUUUUACCCCAUCCCUGAGCAGGCCUUACAAACCACGCUACAGGAAGUCAAACACGAACUCAAAGAGGAUAUCCAGUUGCUAAGCAGCAGGAUGACUGCCCUGGAGAAACAGGUGGCAGAGAUUUUAAAAAUAUUGUCUGAAAAGAACACAUCCCAGACCUCUUCCCCCAAGACACAUUUAUCGCCCCAAUUGCCCCCCCAAAUACCUUGUCAAGAUAUUUUUAGUGUUUCAAGGCCUGCAUCACCUGAAUCAGAAAAAGAUGAAAUCCACUUUUAACAUAUACCUAUGUAUAUAUAUGUAUACAGUAUUUAUGCAAUUGUGUAUAUAUACCUGUAUACAUAUAUAUGUGUGUGUAUACAGUAAAUAUAUAUAUAUAUAUAUAUAAAUAUAUAUAUAUAUAUAUUUUCACUUCCCUCCAAUAUGACUUGAACACAACAAGGAUUUUGAUAUGUAAAUAUUGCAUGUCCAGCUGGAUUCUGGCCUGCCAAAGAAAACAAUUAUUAACAUAGAUAUUGCUUGUAUAAUAUGCAGUUGACUGCAUGCACACUUUACAUUUAUUUAUAAUCUCUAUUAUGUAAUAAAAGGAUUACUUUUGUUUAACCAAGGCAAUGUUACUAUUUAAAGCAUCAGGGUCCAUCCUGCCAAUAUUGCCAUGACAGGUUUGAUCUCAGGCUGGGUAAUUGAGCAUUUCUUUCCUCAUUGUCCUCUCUGCUGAGUUAAACAGUAGAUUAACAUGAGGCCAAGGGCACGCUCAGUCUUCUCUUAGUAUCAUUUCCUGGUAUGGUUCCAUUGGGGUAUAAUGUAUACUUGGUGAUCAAUGUGUAUUUCCCAUGAAGGAAGUGAAGGAUUCAGCUAAAUUGAAAGGGACAGCAGGUGAUGGUCUGAAAUGUUGGAAAUUAUCAUUCGGGGUGUUCUGCAUGCAAUGCAUUUGAUCUCUGCUCCCCUCCUCUCUCACCAUGAUACGUAAGACACAAUAAUAAUGAAUGAUUAUGUACAAAAUAACAAAACAUCCCACAUCCACGCCCUGUAUGCCUUUUUGGGUGUGGGAGGACAGAAUUCAUUCACAUACUUCCGGCUGGGCUGUUAGAAUAGCAAGAGGUGGGUUCUUGUAGCAGUACCGGGUCUGGGUCUGUGUACACUGCAGUUAAACACCCAUAGCUGGCUCAUGCCAGCUGACUCAGGCUUGCAGGGUGCAGGCUAUGGGGCAGUGCAGAUGUCUAGGUUCAGGCUGCAGCCCAAGCUCUGAGACUCCUACCUCUCACGCCCUGAAAGCCGAGGCUCCAGUCAGUGCCUAAACAGGUACACUGCAAUGCAACAGCCCCUUGGCCUGAGCCCCCCAAGAGCCAGAGUCAGCUGCAGGGAUGCCCUUAAGAUAUAUGGGGCCCUAUGCAGUACUAUUAAACUAGUGCCCCAUCCCCAGCAACAGCCCGGGAGGAGGGGAAUAAUGAUUUUUUAUAGAUGCAAUUUUUUAAUCUUCAGCGACACACCGAUGAAAUAUUUUUCAAGCAAAAUUUAAACCUGCAUCCUGUCGACUGACAUGGUAAAUGUAGAAACUGACAGUAUAUACCUGGGGUUGGCAAUUGCCUGUUAAACGGCUUCAAUUGCCACUUGCCUGGCUCUUUCCCCGGGUCAGUGUGCUGACCAAGUGGUUCCUGCCAUUUCCAGUGCCCAAUGCAGCUGCAUAUUCGGUGUAUGGCCCUGGUCAGCUGGCACACCCCAGCAGCAGGUGUCUAAUUGCAGUGUUGACACAACCUCAGUGUCUUUAUUAGGAACUCCGUUUUUUUAGGGCUCCCCUGAAAUUGCUCCCGGCUGAGACAUCACUCAGAAGGUCUCAAGUGAAGGGGAGGGAAAUCCAGGCUCAACUCUUUCAGGAGGUUGUAGCUAGUAGUGUCCAAAGCCUGACAUUAAAUGGUUGCAUUAGACCCCCACCCACCCACCCACUUAUUUUUAAAAGUAUGUUGGUAAGCUAAAAUUGGCAGUAGGGAGGAAAAAAUGAUCAGACUGUAUGUCCACUAAGGGGGACAUUCACUUCGCCCUCAUCAAGCCCAGGUAAUAGGGCUGUGGGAGGAAGGCAUGGGAAAGUGAGAGAGAUGAAAUCCAGCCCCAUCUGGAAACUGG